AACUGCUCAACGGCUACCCGUGAAGGUCAGCUCCACCAAAUGAAAGAAUCAUCAUAGUGUUGAGAUAUAUCGUGAGCCUACUUCAUACGUCUUCUUGACUGACUGUUGUAAUAAGUGGACAUUUUAAAACUUGCCGUUAGUCAUCUUAUUUGUAAGCAAUGAUUUGUCAAUAAAUAUUCGGUUGUCGGAAUUUACUUUCAUUCUUCAGACAAGUAAUAUAUGCGACCACUUGUUAUGCGUGAAGAAUUUUUACAUUGUGUUGAAUAACUGCAAACAGUGUGCUUGCACUAUUUUGUACUCCUGAGUCUUGUCUAAGGCCAAUGAAUAACAAACGGCUCUGUGUCAAUAGAAAAUCCCAAAGCAAUUUAUCAUUGCUUCGUAGUUCUCCAGGUGGUAUCCUUUUCUCAAGUGUAGCCGGUGGUCCUCUACAUGUUCAUUCUCCAGACAGAAAUUCUGAAAACUUUGCUGCAAAGUCUACUGAUGGUGAAUAUGGAAGAGUUGCCAACCCUGUAUCUUUGUUUAAUAGUUUGUUAGACCCUAAUAUAGAAUUGCCAACCAUCAGUGUUCGCGAAGUUGAUGAAAUACUAAGCAGUUUAACAACUCCAAAUUCCUCUCCAGUCAAGACAGCAGGCGGUACUUCUGGCAUAAUCAAUGCCCAUCCCAAUUACUGUGAUACACGUGAUAGUCUGUGUCAUAAUGUUGCGGAGCACAACAAUAAACAGUCAUUAGAGAAGAACUUAUUUGAUGGGGUAGGAUGCUCACCAAAUCCUGUGGAAGCGAGUAGUGUAAAAAAUGCAAACAUCACAGAACGAAACCUAAAUGGUAUUUCACAAAUUUGCAUUAAAAGUAGUGCAGCGGGUAGAAUAUCUACUACGUCAAGUACAUGUCGUAAUGCAGCUGAAAAUUUGUCUGGUAGCAAAUAUACUCUUGGGAAUUCUUCUUUGCGAAGUAUGAGUUUCAUGUGUCCUGAGAGAAAGCGUCACACGGAUACUGACCUACGUACGAAUCAAACUAACCGUAAAAAUAACACGAAAACUGUAUCUUUGCAGUCAAUGAUGGAUAUCCUACCAUUAUUUCCAUCUUGCCGAAGUGUAGCUGAAUUAGGUGCUUUGGCACUUGGGCCUGAAUCCGAAAAAACAACAGACCAUAGUUUCCAUAAACAAAAAUCUCCUGUGUCAUUGCAUCCCAAAGCAUGUUCGGGUACCAACCUGUGCAAACCACCCUUUAAAAUGCCAGUUUCUAGUACUUCUCGUGAUCGUUCUCCUAUUGGUAGUUUGGAUCUAGCUACUCAUAGUAGAUACCAAAAUGGAAGUGCUUCAAGUGUUCAAGAAGCGACUAAGUACCGACAGGCCUACCUUUCUGUACGUAAAGCGAAUCAAGCCAAGGUUUUGUCAAAAUCCACUACAACUGUACCAUCCUCCGUUCUUGAGAACAAAAACCAAGACACACCGAAGAAUCAUCAUGUUUCCUAUCAAACACCAAAUCAUGAUCAACCUACAGUCCAUUUGAAAGUUACCCCACCAAAACUCUCGCCUUAUUCAACAAGUACAACUUCAGAUGAUCGUUUCAAGCAUAUUUGCCCUCAUCCAAGAUGUGGUCGUAGAUAUCAGGCUGAAAUAGGCCUUCUACGUCAUCUGGUUAAAUAUCAUGGUGAACAGAUUGAAUUACCUCGAAGAACUACUUCUGCAGCCAAUCAACGUUUGGUUAGACGUCCAGCUUCAGAGGAAAGAACUAUUACUUCAGUCGGAUUUGAUGAGGCUGACGAAUUAGUAGAUAAAAAUUCUUCCAAACCAGAAACAUGUCAAACCAAAAUACUCCCACUCUCACUCCAUUCAAAGAAUUUAUUAGAGUCUAACCAAUCAUCAGAAAUCAAAAUAAUGAACUAUAACAACUCUCCGUCUAUAUCGUUUGAACCAACUAAAGUCAAUGAGUACACUUCAACUGUUGACUCUUAUGAUAAGUUGAAAGAUAUUUCCUCUUUGUCAAAUAAUGGUAUUGCAAUGAUAUGUUCAACUGCCACAGUUACUACUCCACCAAAUCCUGCAAAUACAACGUCUGUUUCUAUUCCAUCAAUAGAUCUACACACCAGUGUAUGCUCAAACAGUUUCUCAAUACCAGUUGUUGAUGUUGGCAAUUCAUCAAAUCCAAAUGAAAAUCUACAUCCGAAUAAACAAAAUGAUGAAGGCAAUAAACUACAAGUAUUAUUCAAACCAAUGAGAAAACAACGUCGACUACGAUCGAUCAGCGGGAGUCAUAGUGCCAAUGGACCAAUGACUAAACAGUAUUCACCAGCAUUUCCUAGUAGUACUGAUCAAACACCAACAAUAAUUAGUCAUUGUAAACAUCAAUCCUUAUUGAAUUCUUCAGAUCUGCUUGUCUCUUGUCCUACUCAGCAUUCUUCAUCACCAGUAGGCGGUGGUACAAGUACAAUUGUUAAUUCACAAAAACACUGUACUACUACUACUGUGGAUAAUUGUCGUCGACGUACUCUAAGCACUGGUAACGAUCCUAGAGCAUUGAAUGUUGAUAUUGACGAUGCUGGUGAUGUUGAAGUACACAAGCAGCAGAAUGCUUUUGAAGACGGCAAUAAUAAUACAAUAGGGAAUAAUAUUAGUAAUAAUAAUAAAUGUCCAAGUUGUGGAUAUAUUAAUGUAAAUGUAGAAGGAAUGAAAAUGAAAGAACGUGAAUGGAUUAGUGGUAUACAUGCAUUGAGUUGUUCAAAAACUGAUUCUGUCUAUUGUCCAGUUGAUAAGUGUACAUAUGUUUGUUCUGGUCGAGCGGAUUUAUCGGCUCAUUUAACAAGUGUUCAUUUUCCUGAAAUUCAACAUCAACUUGUCCGCUUAAUUUUUGCCUGUCCACUAAAAGAUUGUCAAACUAUCUGUCCUGAUGAAGCCUCGUUUCAAGCUCAUUUCAUUGGCCAUUUACGUGGACAUCUUCCUGGUGAUUUGACUGAAUUAUUCAAUCCAUAUUCGCUGACUCAAUCAGUGACUACAGUAUCAGUGUCAGGUGGAACAAUGGCGCCAACAAUAGUAGACACACCGCCCACGUUAUCAACAAUUCCAGCAACAACAACAACACCAACAACCACACCAAUCGUAGUCAACUCGACUCCUGUUGUUGUACAACCGAUAAUGGAUAAUCCUCCUGAGAUAUCGCAUUCAUCAUCAAGUAUAGCGUAUAAUAAUAAUCCAUCAUCUAAUCUUCUAACAGAUUAUUCUUCUCAUUUAUCAACUAUUCACCAAAAUAAUAAUAAUGAUAAUAUACUAUCUGGAUCUUCAACAAAUGAUAAUUUCCAUGUUGAAAUAAUGGAUGUUCAGUCUAGUGGUCUAGUGGUUGGAGAUCAAUGUCCUAGUAGAAUUAAUCCUCAUUCAGACAUAGUCCAACCAUCAUCAAUUGACAACAAUCAACCGAUUGUUGUUGUUGCUGCUGCUGCUGCCGGUGAUGUUUCCAAUUCAUCUAGUUGUUUCAACCACUACGACAUUCACCAUCAACAACACCACGAACAACAACAGCAGCAAUUCAAUGGACUACCGAAUUCACCAUCAUUAUUCUCCAAUGAUGAUGACGCUUCCAUAACCACAUUGUCUGAAGCGUUUAAGCCAGACUCGCAUACUGUUGUUGGUGAUGAUAAUGUUGUAGUAUCAAAUAAUGAAACAGAUCAUGUGGAUUUAACAGAUAAUCGUAAUCUGUUAUCAGCACUUGAUCUAAUCCCUGAUGAUAUAUUGAUUGAAUUGCUUAAAGAAGAUCGACCUAGUAUAUGGGGGGAUCCUGUUACCAAUAAUAACAACAGUGGAAGUGUUAAUGCCGUCAAUUCAGCUUUAUCCGCUCCUUAUCCAUGUUAUACAGAAUCGCCUUACCUACCACCACCGACACCGUUGGAGACAGCAACAACAACAACAGCACCGAACAAUGAUGAGGAGGAGGGGGAUUCUAUUUGUUUAAAUUAUGAUGGUUAUUAUAACAACACAUCAAGUCUUCAUGAUUCCAGUGAAUGGAUUGAUUUCAAUCUAACCGGUUCAAUUUCUCCAUUGAAUGAAUCUUCUAUAUCAUUUGAUGAUAAUCUUCAUAAUAAUAAUAAUAAUAAUAAAGAGGAUGCCGUAUUACUAUCAUCCGAUGAUUCGUCUAGUUGGAUACCAUCGAAUCUUGUCCAUCAUACAUGGUCAUCUGCUAUUGCUAAUGAAAAAUCAUCAGCUAAUUCAAUGAUUGACAAUUAUAAUAAUGAUGAUGCCAGUAAUGCCUGCUGUAACAGUAGUAGUGUUAACUCUCAUUAUCAUCUUAUUCGACGUCAUUUCAAUUGUCCACAUCGUGUUAUCUCUGAUUUGACGGCUGCACUUAUCCUACCAGAUGUUGAACGUCGUUUGAAAGCUGCUAUCUCAGUAACACGAACGAGUAAAUCAAGUAGUAUUCCAUCGAAUUCAUCAACUGUCUAUUCAUCGGUAAGUUCACAAAAUUCAUCAUCACGUAAUACUGUUGCUUCUGGUACUGGUGCUGGCGCUGCUGCUGCUUUCGGUUCAGUACAACAACGAUCACAACAGUCGUCGUGUUGUUCAGGGAAACGUAGACGUAAUGCUUCUGAAUCACCUCCACUUGUUGUAUCGACUUAUGAUGAAGCGACACCACCACCUAGUUUAAAUAUUGAUUUAUGCCGAUCAUCAGAUUAUUGGAGAUGGAGUAUAAACGAUAAUCAAAUGAUGUCAUCAUCAGCAAAUUCAGUUAAACAGCACCAACAUAAUCUGAAGACCAUUAUACGAGUGAGCAAUGGAGAAGAAGAAAAGGUAGGAGAAGAAGCAGAAGGAGCACACUUUCUGACAACUCCUCAAUUAAAUCCAAACACUUCCAACUCAUCAAAAGUGACUGGCAGUCAUACGAAUAACCAUAAUAAUACUAAUACUAAUGACAGUAAUACGAUGUGUUUAACUACUACUGACGACGACGACGAAUCAACAUUUGACAACAGCAGAAGCUUUAACAAUCCACUCAAGAUUGCUGUUAGUCAAGAACAACAUCAGCAGCAGCAAAAAUUACCAAUUAAUAAUUCCAGUAAUACUAGAAGUCAUAGUAAUCAUAGACGACUCCCGUCACUGUCUCAAUCGUCGAUUGAACCACGUAAACGUUUAAAAAAGUAUCAAAAAGCCAGUACAUUAACUUGUCAAGUUUAUUUUGCUCCUUAUACUACCGCUGCUAAUACUAGCAGUGGUCGUAUUAAUAAUUCCACAGAGAAAUAUGUUAUCCCUAGACCGGUAUUACCUCGACGUCAUUCAAUGGCAUCGUAUAAUAAUAAUAAUCAUAAUAAUAAUAGUAAUAAUAAUAACAAUAAUUUUAUUCGUUCUGAUUGUUUUACGCAUUUACCUCAUUGAGAAAAAAUCCUCAUUCAUCACGGGCAUCAUCAUCACCAGAAAUUCUCUUCAAAAGCGGUUGAAUCCUUCAACCUCUGGAUGAGAAUGCGAAAGUCAUAUCUUCUUUAUUAUUAGUGUUAUUUAUUUUCACAAAUCUCACUGUUUUUGAUGUUUUGUUUUGUUUCUUGACUUUUUCUUUGGUGGUUGGGUGGGUGAGGCUUAUUUUCGAGGACAAUUUAUUUAUUUACUUAUUUAUUUAUUUGACAAAUAUGGUGAUCUCUUUCAAUUAUUUAUUUUAUAUUAUCUCUCACUCAAGUUGUUAUAUAUACAUAUUCAGAAAAGCCAGGGAGGACAGCAGGUCCUACCGACUCUCUACGGUGAUGGCGAUGGGAAUCUAUGUGUUUGCUUGGGUGUGCUGUAUGUUUGUUGAUUUAUUCUCAGAAAAAACCGGGGUUGUUCUUUUUUCUUGUCAACAAGAGACUCUUGUUGUACUCACUACUCUAUAAGAUUUAUAUAUAUACACCCGUAUGCUGUAUUCUCCUCUGUUAAUUCAUAGUUAACUUUGUCAUACUUUCAUCAUUACUAUUAUUGUUGUUAAGGGAUUGACUGUGAAUCGAGUUUGGUUGGUUGCUGGCUGACUGACUGGCUUUGAAAUGAUAUGAGGGAGGCUGUGUUUCUACUACUACUACAAUAAAAACUGGUUAUUCUCCUCUUUUUACCACUAUCACUUUUUACUACUCAUGAGUAGUUAAAUGGAAAACGUUGGUUUUUUCGCCAUUGUUGUUGCGUUGUGUGUGUUGCGCGGGGGUAUAUUCCUCCCCCCGUACACUUGACUGGCUGACGGUGAUGCAUGAAUGAAAUCAAACAGAUAAACGAGAAACUGAAAUCUUUCUAUUCACAGAAUACUUUACAACAAUAAUACUCGUCUUUUAUUUUUCUCCUGUAUGUGUGGUGUCUGGCAGGUAGGCGGUCUAUAUCCAGUGUUCAAUGUUCAAUUUAUAAUUUGUUUUAAUUUUUUUCUUUAUUAACACGCGCCAAAUAUAAACAUUUAUACAUAUAUAUCUAUAUAUGUGUGUAAGUAUACAGCUCUUUCCAUUUCUUUUAUUUUUGUUACCUGUAAAUGUCUUUCUAAUGGUUCUUGUUUUGAGAACAUACGAUCUCGUAAAUAUUUUGAUCUGUUUUACUAUUUUUAUUAUUAUUAUCGUUAUUAUUACUUCAUUUGAUAUUUUUCUGUAUUCACUACUUCUCCCUUCCCUUCUUAUUGUUGUAUUAUUGGCUUCCUUCGGACAUUUUCUUUUUUGGGGGGCUUCUUGUAGAGUGCAGACUGAAUGGAUGGCUGACUGACUGACUGACUAACGGGUGGCUGGAAUUCUUUUCCAAUAUCUCAUAAUUAUCCCAUCAGAAUUUGUUACGUCAUAUUCUGGUGCAGGAGGUGGAGGAGGCAACGAUAGGCUUUCUCUUAACCCCCCCCCCUAAUCUGUUUUUAUUUCUACAAACUGCGUGUUUGUUUUGCUUGUUCUUUUCCUUUGCAUUUCUCUCUGCUUAGUGAUUAUUAUUCUUAUUAUUAUUACUUAUGAGAGUAGGGGUGUCGUCAUAAGUGCUUUUUUCUAACGUUUGUUUAUUUUCUUUUUCCUUGAUGCACAUGACUUUUGUAACUGUACAUGUACUUAUUGACUGUGUGUUUGAAUAACGCUCAUAUAUAUAUAUAUAUAUAUGAUGUAUGUGAUAGUUGCUAAUUUCAUCUGCUGUUCACUUCGUUUUUGUUUUGUUUUUUCUUUGCUUCUUACAUGACGUUUAAACAAUCAUAUUUGUCAAAAUUUGAUUGGAAAAGAAAAAUAUAUAUAUAUAAAUAUAU